CAUAGUUUAAAGUAUCGGUACAUACCGACUUCGCCGCACAAAAAGCGAUGCAGCUCCUCCACACAUUCUAAUUCGAUGUCCUACAUGACGACUUUGAACAAUGUCUCCAAGGCCUUAGUGGUACUCACCAGUCUCUGGUUGCUGAUUCUCAAUGCUGAAGCUGCCCCCAGUUUCUUCUAUCAUCUUUGCAGUAAUACACCCACUAACACUCCCAUUAAUGCAACCACCAACACUCCCAACAGCACUUUUCAAUCUAAUCUCAAUCUCCUCCUCUCUGAUCUUUCUUCUAACAGUACACACAAAUGGUUUUAUAAUGCAAGCGUCGGCAAUGAUGCCUCUAGUCCGGCUUAUGGCCUGUUUCUCUGUCGAGGCGAUGUUACCAUUGAUGUUUGUAAUGACUGUGUGGUGACUGCUGGGAAAGAUAUAGUCCAUAGGUGCCCUAGAAAGGAAGUGGCAUAUAUUUGGUAUGAUGAGUGCAUGUUACAUUAUAACAACAGGUUCUUUUUUGCGUCCUUGGAUGCAACACCCAUAGAAUUAUUUAGGUGGUCUGGAUAUGAUGUCAGGGAACCUAAUCGCUUCGCGCAAGUGCUGGGAGGUAUUAUGGAUGAUUUGGCAACUCGGGCAUCGAGCGAUCAACCUUUGGAUGAUGAGAAUGUUACCAGGUUUGCAACUGGAGAGGCUAACUUCACAAGUCUUCAAACAAUAUAUGGCCUACUGCAGUGCACACCAGAUUUAUCCAAAUUUGAUUGUAACCGAUGCCUCCGAAUGUCCAUAGCUAUUCUGGCUGACUGCUGUAAUGCAAAGAUAGGUGCUAGAGUUUUGCAUCCAAAUUGUAAUCUCAUGUACCCAUUCUACCGUAGUACAGCCAGAGAACCCCCACCUACACGAGCAACUAGUUCAGGAGGUAAAACUUCGAAUCAAACGCCUAUAUGA